GGUCCUGGGCUCCUGGCUAUCCAAUUGGGGCUCGAGUCUGUCGGUUCUCCUUCCCCAUUUCCUUCCUCUCCUGGAACGGGUCGGGGGACGAAUCGAAACCCUUCGUUCCUCUCCUAUUCGAAGGCCAUGGCGGACACGGCCUCGUCCUCAUCAGCAGCGGGACCCUCGCCGGUAGACGCGGCCUCUCUCGCCGCGGUGGCGGAGGCGGCGCCGCCGGAGGAGAUGACGCUGGUGGUGAAGUGGCGCGGGCAGGAGCAGACGGUGCGGAUGGUGGGGGACGAUACGCUGGGUGAGCUCAAACUGCGCAUCUGCGAGGUCACCGGGGUGCUCCCCAAGCGUCAGACGCUGCUCUACCCCAAGCUCAUACUCAAGGACAUCGACGACUCCACCCUCCUCUCCUCCAUCCCAUUCAAGCCCAACGGGAAGAUCAGCAUGAUCGGUACUAUUGAAGAAGAAAUAUUUGUCGGACAAGAAGAUGAUCCGGAGUUACUUGAUGAUUUUGACUUUGAGCAGAAUGAAGCUACAGCCAUUAAGGAUAAAGAUGUCUACAAGCAAAAAUUAAAGCGGCGUGCAAGUCAAUAUAAGAUCAAGCUCUUGAAUCCAUGCCGCAAAGGAAAGAAGCUGCUUGUCCUUGACAUUGACUAUACUCUGUUUGACCAUAAGUCAACAGCUGAGAAUCCUAUGGAACUCAUGCGCCCAUAUCUUCACCAGUUCCUCACAGCUGCAUAUUCAAAAUAUGACAUCAUGAUAUGGUCAGCAACUAGUAUGAAAUGGGUGGAGUUGAAAAUGGAACAACUUGGAGUUCUUGGCAACCCUGACUACAAAAUUACUGCUCUUAUGGAUCACUUGGCUAUGAUAACUGUGCAAUCCGAAAAUCAAAGUAGGAAGAAAACUUUUGACUGCAAGCCUCUUGGUGUCAUUUGGGCUCAAUUUCCUGAGUACUACAACGAAAAGAACACCAUCAUGUUUGAUGAUCUGAGAAGGAAUUUUGUCAUGAAUCCACAGAAUGGUCUUGUGAUCAAGCCAUUCAGGAAAGCGCACUCGAACAGGCAUGAUGAUCAUGAGCUGGUGAAGCUUACACACUACCUGCUUUCGAUAGGAGACCUAGAAGAUCUCAGCAAGCUGGACCACGGUAAAUGGGAGUCCUUUGUAGAUGAGAGCGCAAAGAGACGCAAGCGCUCUUAGCUUCCUUCGGUAUAGUGACUUUCAGAAAGAAAAACAGAACGCCUAUUUUGUUUUGUUUUCAGUGCCACGGAUAGCACUCAGAUUAGAGUAACGGAAUGACCGGGACAACCCCAGUAUUUACUUAGAACAUUUUCUCUGCUCAGUUAAACCUGAAUCUUACGCUGAUUUUUGCCCAUCUUUGUGCCCCACGCUGACUUCCAUUCCAGCUUGCCUCUGCAGUUGUCUGCAACAAUUAUUAGGCUGCUGAGCCAUUUAUCAGCAUGGUCCUUGUUGGAUUAUGAUGGGGGCCUUGACUGGGCUGAAUUGGGUGUACUUAGUAGUAGGGGUCUUCUUCUGAUGAGACUAGCUGCUUCUGGCUCUUGUAAGGCCAUAAUAUCUGAUGAUGGUGCUGA